AUGUUUGCCGCCACGUGGUACGUACCAGCCGCACGCAGGUCCCUAAGGCAGGAUUGUGUCUCAUCGAAAAAUACACCAGAAACACCGGCGAUGCUAUCAAAUGAAAAAGAAGGUAAGCGUGUGGACUCGGGAUCCAAGCUCUCUUGGCGCUGUUCCUCGAGCCUUGGCUUGUCCUGGUGUAUCACCGAUCGUCGGCCAACGGCUCAUUUUGGUGGUAAAAGGAAAGUCUUGGGUCCUACACGACUCGGUCCCGAGAAGAGAGAGAUGCUGACUCCCAGGUUGACUCACGCUUAUAUUUCCGACUCCGGUUUCUCCCAUGGAUUUGAGAUUCCCCCGCAUAUCGUGGAUCAGGAUAGACCGAAGGAAGCGGGUCACACGGACGGGGCACCAGAACGAGCACAGGCGGCAAAGUGA